ACUUUUGGUAAAGUCGUCGCUAACGUCAAACAGCGAUAUAGAUUCAGAGCAAUUAUUUUUAAAUAAAAGCUCAUUUUACAUUAAAUAAAAUUUGGGCUACCCUAACAGUUUCCAGAAAUUGAACAGCUGUUUUAUGUUGUGUAAUUUGUCAUUCCACACAAAACUUAGCCGUCUUCCAUGUGUUAAAUUAAAAUUCUUCCCCUCAAGCAAUUUGGGAAAAUAUUAAGGGUUUGCCGUAAGUUGCGUUUGUUAUGGCCUGCUCCCGUUGCUAUCUGCGCCUUCUAUCAGUCAACAACGUAGUUAAAAGAACCAUAAGCAUGUCAGCAAUGAGGCGUGCCGAGGAGGCUUUGGAUAAUAUGAAAGAGAAAAACCCAUAUUUCGAUAAAUAUGCAGAGAAAAUUGCAAGGCUCCAACAAACCUCUCCGGAAGAGUUUUUAGAACGUGUGGACAAAGUUGUAAAUCCUAUUAAGGAUGGAAAGAGUCAAACGAGAACUUAUUCCGAACUUCUUAAUCCCAAACAAUCACUGAAGGAUGAGGAAACCAAUGAGAUACCUUACAAGAAACUUACAGAUAUCAUGAAACUUGAACUUGUCGCAGACAAGACAGCUGAAGAAAUCUCAAGUAUAUGGUAUGAAUACCACAAAACUAAAGAUGUGUUGACGGCAACAUUAACUGUGAAUCAAUUUGAAACACUUAUGGAACGUGCUAAACAAUUUCCCAUAUUUUUGUUGCCACUUCCGCGAAGCGAGGGUUUCGAGUUUAUCAUGUUGCAGUUUGCUGCAAAUGCGGUGCAUUUCACGCCGCUACUUGCCUACCAGGUGCAUGCCGAAAACGCGCCAGAGUGUCUAACUAUUGUGCAUUAUACUGAAAUGAAAGAUAAAGAUGUUGUAUUGAUGCGUGGCGAAUAUGAUAGCAAAGUCUUGUCGGCACAGGAAGCACAAUGCCUGGCUAAUGAAUUACAAAUGUUUUAUUUCAAGGGCGGCGAAAGCAGACUAAAGCUACUGGAGAAGUUCAACAAAAAGCCAGAUGAGUUUAAACAUAUGGAUUUAAUUAAAGAGGUUGAAAAUAUACAGUUAGUUUAAAGUAUUCUUAAAAACCGUUUCUCAAGCUUUGCUUUUGUGAAAUCUAAUAAAUGGACAUUAAUCCUAUGAUCAAA